CGCCACGCCACGACGCGCGCAACCAACCAACCGACCGACCAAUCAACCGACCGGCGACAUAAAGGGACGCGAUAUCACCCUUUGUCUCACGGAAUAAGAGUGUAUCGUACGCAAUAAUUCCCUUCGUGCCGUGUGAGUUUUCCAGUGAAACAGGACAAUAAAUAUGUCGGACGACAAUUCGCCUGUCGUAGAAGAACAAAAGAAAAAGAGAGGUAGGCCAGCUAAAUCAGACAAGAAUGCCGUAAAAGAACCUAAAAAAAGAGGCAGACCGGCAGCAGAAAAAAAUAACGCAGUACGCAAAUCUGAUAAUGAGGAUGAUGCUCCACCUGGUCCUGUUAAAAAAGGAAGAGGUCGACCUAAAGGAUCUCACAAGAAAAAGCAAGGAGCACCAAAAGGUUCGCCACGCCGAGGUAGACAGGCGAAAAAAGCAGAAGAGAAACCCGAGAUCAAUAAUGAAGACGAAGACGAACAAGAAGAGGAUGAGGAAGAGGAAGAAAAUUGAAUUAUCUAAAGUUGUAAUAGGAGAGGAUGAAACUAACACAGCUAAUUUUAUCUUUCGAUAGUGUUUAAACAAAAUCGAUUUAAUCGAAUCGUUUUAUAUUCAGUUUUUGAUGUUUCUUUCUGGUGUGAUUUUUGGAAAUGGAGCAAAUGACGAAGCAAUGGACAUUGUCGGCACCGUGUUAUUAUUUGAGUUUCAUUAAGGAAUUCUAGUUCAUGGUGUACAUUGCCACAUGCUGAUAAAUUCAAGGAACUUGAGAAAAAAAGUUUGUGUUAAAAAUCUUAGUAGAUAUUUGUUUAUGUGUCGAUAUUUUUAAUAACUAAUAAAAAAUUAUCACGCGUGCUAAGUGUAACUUUUUAACAGUAAAAACUAUUCACAGUAAAGACUGCAUUUUAACGUAUCUUAAUAAAGAUCUCAAAACUUUUUCUUAAUUUAGAUCAGAUAUGAAGUUUGAUACUUUUUUUUUUUUAAAAAAAAAAACAGUAUAAAGUAUUAUUAUCACAUAUUUGCUACCUCCUUUUCUCCUACAUACACGUUGCGAUUCAUAAAGCCAAAAAACAUCGUACCGUAUACUGUACAAGUGACAGAAAAUGAUAAACGUGAAAACAAGUUUCUGUUAUGUGUAAUAUACGCAAAAAAUAUUUUCUUUUUUUUAAAUUAAUAACACUAAUACACUUCUCUUAUUACUCUUAAUGUGUACAUUAAUGUCGAUUUUGAGGCAAGCAUAUGUGUGAAUAUCAUCUUUGUAUUAAAGUAAAUAAACUCAAAGUACUCUUA